CAUUGUGAACGGGCACCGCUCUGUCUACAAGUUUGUUUACAUGGGAUAAAACCGUCGCAAGGUGACGAUUGGAGUCCUGCGGCACGACACUUUUUCAGUCGACAGUUGAGAGACGAUGUACCGAUAUCACUGAAAGUUGUCGGUAUUCUGAAUAGACGAUCCGAAAACACGAGACUAAUAUAUGAGUCAACUGCGUUUCGUCGAGCAAACGUUAUUUUUGUGAGUCAUAUUCAGGUGUUCGAUGGAACGCAAUCCUCAGAAACACUGGAAGCGCGUCUUGUUGAGCAAGGCUACGCGGUGUGGUCGGAGAACAGUCCACCGACCGCAACAACUGAAACUAAAGUCAUAUUACCAAUCAUGCCAUAUGAUCUGCUUCUCUGA